CUGACUGACGAAGAUGAGAGAAGGGGGUUUGUUCAUUGAAUUUAUCCACCGUGAGAAUUUAUGAUGAGUAUUUUUCAUUUGUCAGAUCGCUGUUCGUCCUGGAAGCCAUAGCUGUGGAUUUAUGCAAAAACCACUUCCUCCUUCUACCGUCCUAAGGAUUGACGGUCUGGCCUGACAUCAUUGGCUGGUCGUUGGGAAUGAAUCAUCGCCUUCUUCAGGGGGGUCCAGGGAUGCUGUCACUGUCACUGCACCCUUAAAAUACCACAGGCAAACCGACUCGUACACAAACCCACCCAGCCCCGGCGUGUCUCUGUUCUCUGAGAUUACUAAACUGUGUUUUCUUUGGAGCCAGCAUGGAGGAAAUAAUGCGCAAGCUGCAAAAAGACGCGUCCGGCCACAAGCACAAAGCUAUCCGCGAUGCCUGCGUCUACGCCUACGAAACCCUUGAGUCUCAGAAUGGACCAGCCAAGAUUUCUCCUUCACAACUUCGAGCGUGUUGUCUGCUGCCGCUACAGAUGGCUCUGGAGUCAAAAAACACCAAACUAGGACAGACGGCGCUUACUGGAAUGCAGAAGCUCCUGUGUGAGGACAGGUUUGUGGGCGGGGUCGGUGUGGAGGUAGAGGUGGAGGCUCUGGAGAAGCAGCUGCUGAGCCAGAUGUUGGAGGCCAUCAGAGUCACCCCAUCUCUCCAUGAAGACCUGCAGGUGGAAGUCAUGAAGGUCCUGCUGUGUAUCACCUACUCACCAAACUUUGAUAUUAAUGGAGACUCCAUUCUCCGGAUUGCUGAGGUGUGUAUCGAGACCUAUGUGUCCAGCUGUCACCAGCGCAGCAUCAACACGGCGGUCAGAGCCACGCUGAGCCAGAUACUGGGAGACCUGACGCUACAGCUACGACACAGACAAGAGGGUGCAGAUGGAGACGAGGUGACUGCACUGCCACUGCACAGAAGAGAUAUUUCUCCUACCAGCCAGGCUCUGUGUGAAGAUGUUGUGAUGGUUCUGACAGUUUUCUGUGAAAAACUGGAGUCGGUAGACAGCGGCAAUCAGCUCCUGCAGCUUCUCUACCUGGAAUGCAUCCUCUCUAUGCUCAGCAGCUGUCCUCCCACAAUGCACCUGUCCAGGGGUUUCACCGACCUUGUAUGGAAGCAGCUGUGUCCAUCCCUCGUGGCUAUAAUGGGAAAUCCUGUCAAUGACAAAACCAUCGCUUCCCAUCACGGCUACAUGGCGCCAGACCGAGACCGUUUCUCAGACAGACUCAGUCUAGGGAUCAACCAGGAUGUGGACCCCUGCGGUGGAGGGGUCUCUGAUCAAGGCAGAGGGUCCGGCUGUUCCUCCAACGCCCCCGCCAGGAUCGCACCGGUAGUGCGGACUGUGUGUUACAUCGCCGCAGAGCUUGUGCGUCUGGUGAGCUGCGUGGAGUCAAUGAAACCGGUGCUGCAGUCGCUCUACCACAGAAUCCUGCUUUACCCGCCUCCUCAGCACCGCACCGAGGCCAUCCGCAUCAUGAAGGAGAUUCUGGGCAGUCCCCAGCGACUGUAUGACUUGGCUGGUCCGUGCGUGGCUGAGCCUGAAACCAGGAAGCGCUCCUUCUCAAAGAGGAAGUCCCACCUGGACCUGCUAAAACUAGUGAUGGACGGGAUGACAGAGGCCUGUAUGAAAGGAGGCAUCGAGGCGUGUUACUCUUCGGUCUCCUGCGCCUGCGCUCUCCUCGGAGCCCUGGAUGAACUUUCGCAUGGCCGCGGCAUCCAACCUGAACAGGCUCGGCUUCUCCUCAGACGUCUGGAUGAUCUGAAAGAUGGGACAGAGUCGACACGCGAGUCCAUGGAGAUCAACGAGGCCGACUUCAGAUGGCAGAGACACAUCCUGUCCUCUGAGCAGGUUCCCUUGGACCCCAGCUCUUCUUCCUCCAACAUGGCCACCACCGGGGCCACCGAGCCCAGCCCUGACAUUAGCAUCAGCAUCACCACUGAAACAGGCCAAACCACCCUGGAUCUGGAGGUAGGGGAGCUCGGACUGGGUCGCACCGCUCCCGAGGAGUGUGGGGAGCACACACGCCUCCCCUCGCCCUCAUCCUGUGGCGGCCAGGAGGGGACCAAACGGGAACUGAAAAGGGGAGGGGCGGUUCCUCCAGAUGUGGUGCAGAGAAGUCACGCCCUCGUCUACCCCGACAUCACUAACUUCCUGUCUGUGGAGUCCAGGGCCAGGUCACACCACGGAGGGGGGUCACGAUACAGCGAGAGCAACUUCAGCAUGGAAGAGCAGGACUUGUCGCGGACAGAGUUUGACUCGUGUGACCAGUAUUCCAUGGCUGCUGAGAAGGACUCGGGGCGCUCCGAUGUGUCUGACAUCGGCUCUGACAACGUCUCGCUGGCUGACGAGGAGCAGCAGACCCCUCGCGACUGCCCGGGCCACCGCUCCCUGCGCACCGCCGCCCUGUCCCUCAAACUGCUCCGCAACCAGGAGGCCGACCAGCAGAGCGCCAGACUGUUCGUCCAGUCACUUGCAGCACUGCUUCCCCGUCUACUGGGAUUGGCCACCGCCACGGAGGUGGACCUGUCACUGCAAAACUUCUCCUCCACCUUUUGCUCCGGGCUGCAGGCUGGUGGGAUCCACUCUCCAGGUUUUGAGACAGGUGACACUCUGAGCUGUCAGUCUCUGAUGAACGCAGAUGGUCUCUACCUGGUGUCGUACUACGCUCUACUGCUCAACCUCAAACUUUGCUGCUGUGACUACUACAGACGGCGAACGCUCACCCCCGUCCUCAGCCUGAAGGAGUUUGUGCGUCUGAUCCAGAGCAGCGGGGUCCUUGUGGUUCUGUCUCAGGCCUGGAUCGAAGAGCUUUACCACCAAGUGUUGGAGCGCAACCUGCUGGCCGAGGCUGGGUACUGGGGCUCACCGGACGACCACACACUGCCGCUCAUCACCAUGCUGACAGAUAUUGACGGACUGGGCAGCAGUGCGAUUGGAGGGCAGCUGAUCAGGAGGGCGUCCAGCAGAUCACCAAUCAGCUGCGACAAGGCUGGCAGUGACACUGUGAUGGCAGGAGCCGUGUUCGCCCGCUUCAUCCUCACCGGCGUGUGGAAGAACCUGAUGGAUGUGCUGUCCACGCCGCUGACGGGCCGCAUGGCGGGCAGCUCCAAGGGCCUGGCCUUCAUCCUGGGAGCAGAGGGGAUCAAAGAGCAGAGCCAGAGGGAGAGAGACACCAUCUGUCUGAGUUUAGACGGCCUACGCAAAGCUGCUGCUCUCAGCUGCGCCUUGGGUGUGGCGGCCAACUGUGCUUCAGCUUUAGCCCAGAUGGCCGCGGCCUCCUGUGUGCAAGAAGAGAAGGAGGAGAAGGAGGUGGGAGAGACGGGAGACGCCAUCACACAAGUGAAGCAGCGUGUUGAGCAGCGCCUGGAGCAGAUCAGUCGUCCUCAGGGAGUUCGCCUCCACACCGCUCAUGUGUUGUGUAUGGAUGCCAUCCUGAACGUAGGACUGGAGAUGGGUAGCCACAACCACGACUGCUGGCCUCAUGUGUUCAGGGUGACGGAGUACAUCAGUUCACUGGAGCACACCCACUUCAGCGACGGCUCCUCACAAUCGUCCUCUUUGACCACUAUCACCCAGCAGAGCCACCAGGUAGCUGGGGUGGACCUGGGGCUGGAGAUGAGCUGCGAGCCCAGCCCGGAGGCCUCGGAGCUGGGCCUGAGCCAGCCAGUCAUCCAGCCUCUGUCCAUCCAGGAGCUGCUGAGGGAGAGCAGCAGAGGAGGCCGAGGUCUGGACCUAAAGGGCGGCAGCCUGAUGACCGGGACCAGUGCUGCCAAGGCUGUGUGUACACUGUCAACACAGGCUGACAGAUUGUUUGAAGAAGCAACUACCAAGCUGAACCUGGUUGGUCUGGUCGGCUUCUUACAGCAGCUCAGGAAAGCUUCUCAGUCUCAGCUGUUUGACUCUGUUACUGAGACUGGAGAUUAUUCACUGGCAAUGCCAGGAGAGGCCAAGUCUACGCUGGACAGACGCAGUGCUCUCCAUCUCUUCCGUCUGGGCGAGGCCAUGCUGCGGAUCGUCAGGAACAAGAACCGACCUCUGCUCCACAUGAUGAGGGCCUGGAGCGUUGUGGCUGCACAUCUGGUGGAGGCGUCAUGUCACAAGGAGCGCCACGUAUCCCAGAAGGCCGUUUCCUUCAUCCAUGAUGUUCUGACGGAGGUGCUGACGAGCUGGGCGGAGCUUCCGCACUUCCACUUCAACGAGGCGCUGUUCAGGCCCUUCGAGCAUAUCAUGCAGCUGGAACUCUGUGAUGAGGACGUACAGGACCAGGUGAUAACUUCAAUAGGCGAGCUGGUGGAGAUGUGUUCCCCUCAGAUCCUUUCAGGAUGGAGGCCUCUGUUCAGCGCACUGAGGACCGUCCACAGCAGCAAGACCGACACUAAAGACUACUUGCUGGGAGAAUACUCCAUGGGGAAGUCCCAGGCUCCAGUGUUCGAUGUCUUUGAGGCUUUCAUCAACACUGAUAACAUCCAGGUUUUUGCCAAUGCUGCCACUGACUACAUCAUGUGCCUCAUGAAGUUCGUCAAGGGCCUAGGAGAGGUGGACUAUAAAGAGAUUGGAGACUGUGUCCAUGUGUCAGGUUUCAGCUCCACUGACCUCUGCCUGCCCGCUCUUGACUACCUUCGCAAAUGUUCGCAGCUGCUGGCAAAGAUCUACAAGAUGCAGUCCAAGCCGGUGUUCUUGGGGGCGAGGCUCGCCAGCCUGCCAAUGAGAUCACAGGAACGCUCAAUCAGCGCUGAGGACGGGAUGGACUGUGUCCUGCAGGAGUUUGAUGAUGACACAGGUCUGAUCCAGGUGUGGAUUUUGUUACUGGAGCAGCUCACAGCAGCAGUGUCAAACUGUCCUCGCCAACACCAGCCUCCAACCCUGGAGCUGCUCUUCACUCUGCUCAGAGAGGUCACCAGUGUACCAGGUCCAGGGUUCGCCAUCUUCUCCGUCAUCCAGCUCCUGCUUCCUGUGAUGUCACUGUGGCUGCAGCGAAGCCAUGGCGACCACUCCUACUGGGAUGUAGCAGCUGCAAACUUCAAACAUGCCAUUGGGCUGUGCUGCGAGCUGGUGGUGGAGCAUGUCAACAGUUUCAUACACUCAGAUAUUGGUUACGAGUCUCUGAUCAACCUGAUGUUGAAGGAUCUGUUCAAGCUUCUGGUGGCCUGUGUGUCUGAACCUGCAGAGACCAUCUCCAGAGUGGGCUGCUCCUGCAUCAGGUAUGUUUUGGUCACAGUGGGUCCAGUGUUCACAGAAGAAAUGUGGAGGUUGGCCUGCUGUGCUCUGCAGGAUGCUUUCUCUGCUACGUUAGAGCCUGUCAAGAACCUUCUGGCCUGUUUUCAUAGCGGUUCAGACAGUUUUUCUGGAGACGCCUGCGAAGUGAAGGUGGCGGCUCCGUCCCACUCUCCUUCAGCUGAGGCUGAGUACUGGAGGAUCAAAGCAAUGGCUCAGCAGGUCUUUAUGUUGGACACCCAGUGCUCCCCAAAGACGCCCAACAACAAGGAGGGCUUUGAGCACGCUCAGUCGUGCGUUCUCAUCAUCGAGCUGCCAUCUGACCAGCAGUCCAACGGGCACACUCAGAAGAGGAUCCCGUUCAGGACCAUCGUGGUGAGCCUGCUGUCCCACCAGGUCCUUCUCCAAAACCUCUAUGACAUCCUGCUGGAGGAGUUCGUCAAGCAGCCCGAAGGUCACGAAAGGGUCACACCUGUAACCUCUGACCCCAGCAGAACCACAGCAGGCUUCCUGCGCUACAUCUCCAUGACUAAUUUAGCCAUAAUCCUGGAUCUGCUGCUGGACUCUUACAGGACAGCGCGGGACUUUGACACUCGGCCGGGUCUAAAGUACCUGCUGAUGAAGGUGUCGGGUGUUUGUGGUGCAGCUAAUCUUUAUCGUCAGUCUGCCAUGAGCUUCAACCUGUACUUCCAGGCCUUGCUGUGUGCCACACUGAGCCAAGCCGACAGCAUGACCGCACAGCAGGUGAAGAGGAUCCUGUAUGAGGAAGAGGAAGGGAGCUCUGACUCCUCUCACCCUGGCUCUGCCUCGUCAGAGGACGAAGAUAUCUUUGAAGAAACAGCACAGGUCAGCCCCCCUCGCGGCCGGGAUAAACGUCAUCACUGGCGAGCCCCCAUCCCAUCUCUCAGCGUGCAGCCGCUGGGCAGCGCAGACUGGGCCUGGCUGGUCAAACGCCUCUACAAGCUGUGCAUGGAUCUGUGCAACAGCUAUAUCCAAAUGCACCGGGACCUGGAGAACACCCUGGAGGAGACGGCGUUGCUGAGGGGAGGAGCAGGAGGAGAUCACGUCUUCUUCCUGCCUCUCUUUCCGUCUGAGACUUCCACGCCUACGUCAGCCGGUGGUCUUUCGGCGAGGGGGACACCAUCAGAGGACGGCGGGUACAGGUGUCAGGCCGCGGACAUGAGUGCAGCAUCACCAGGAGACACGCCCACACCCAGCCCAGGAUAUAGCAGUACAGGCAGUCUGCCCCACCACUUCCGGACUGGAGGCGAGAGGAGGGACUCCGGCAUCACAGGAAGCUCAGUAGGAGGAGCUCCUAGCAGCGCUGGACCGGGAAGGAGAAAAGAAUGGUGGGAAAGUGCCGGGAACAAACUGUACACCAUUGCCACAGAUAAAACCAUCAGCAAGCUGAUGAUGGAGUACAAACGCCGGAAACAGCAGCAGCAGCAGCCACAGCAGUGCCAUGUCAACCUGUUCAUGAAGGAGCAGGGUCGUGGGGGGGCAACAGGAGGAGGUGUCGGGGAGACACAAAGGCCCCCGCAGAGGCCCCAGCAUCUGGUGGACCAGCAGGGUCCGCCUUUGAGGCACUCAGUCAGUGCAGGACCUGAGGUCCUAAGGCAGGAAAAAAGACAACGGUCAGGAUCCACCAUCAGCUCCCACAGCAUCUCACUAAGGGACUCCGAGGCUCAGAUACAGGCGUGGACCAACAUGGUCUUGACUCUCCUCAAUCAGGUCCUCCUCCUGUCAGAUCCCUCCUUCCUGGCGCUCCAGCCAGCGCUCUACCCCUGCCUCAUCCAGCUCUCCUGCCACGUGACCGACGCCCGCGUCCGCCAGGCACUGCGCGAGUGGCUGGGCCGCGUCGGCAGGCUCUAUGACAUCAUUCUGUGACACUGCAUCAAAGAAAUGCAAAACCAUGGGAUGAAGGGAUGCAGUCGGUUGGUCAGUGAAGGAUGUAAACAGAAAGAUUUAGAUUGGUUUGGUGCCAUCAUGUGAUGGUGCCGCUAUGUGGUAGAUUAAUGAAGGGUGCGACUGACUGAUGACGCAAUGCAAAGGGAGAGAAAUGGCUGUGACAUCAUAACGUCAAAAUGUAACAGAGUAGUUGAACAAUAACGGGCUUAACAGAGUGAUCAGAAAACUGAUUAGUAGUGUUUGAUAUCGUAUGGAUUUAUGGCUCUUUUGAAGAAGAGGGAGGACAUUGGCGACCAUCAUAUGACAUUAAGUUGAAGGAUUUGAUUGGCCAAUGAAGGAAGUGGUGAGAAGAAUGAAGGAUUUAGUUGGUUUGUGAAGGAUUCUUUGUAUAAUGGAAAGGAUUUGAUUGUGAAUGUGCCAUUUCUGCCUCUUGUUCUUCAGUUCACACACACACACACACACACACACACACACACACACACACACACACUGUCAAAGCUUUAAAAUAUGAAUUGAUUUUCAGUUUUGAAAAACUGAUCUGCAGGCUCAUUAUCUUGUCAUAGUAUUGUCAGUGUGCUCCCUCUAAGGCGAUAAAUACUUUGCUUCAUCCUAAUGUGGAUACAAACAUAAAUGUACAGAUGUGCAAUGAAAUACGAUUAUUGUAGUUCACAUGCAUACUUUUUUUCCCUGGACUGCAUUAACACUUUUUAAAAAGGUACGCUGUGGAGUUUUCUUGAAAAAUGAGCUGUAUUUACAUUCAGAGUAUAGCUAAAUUUCGUAGCACACUACUGUCAUAAACUGUUGGUGAGUUAAUUAUUAUAAAAAGAGAUUUUUCCAGCAGGUUUCUGUCCAUGUAAUGUUUCACCUGCUCAACAUCUCAUGUUUUAUAGCAUCCAUACACUAACUGAACACAUGCACUGCCUUUUGCAGUCAGCAGGAAUGUGUAUCACAUCAUCAUUGUGUGCAUACAUGCAAGUGCUAGUAGAGCAUGAGAUACAUAAAAAACAAAGACCCGCUCAUCAAAAACUCUGUUGUGAAAAUCUUUUACAUCCUUGGCCGUAUGUUCUUCUGUGUUUUGACCAUCACUACAACUGGUUAUGAUAACUAUGGGGAAUGUAUGAAAAGUAUGCUAUGUCUGCCCUACAAUCUUUGACUGACAGCGAAUCUGAGAAAUUUUAUGCAUGAACACCCCAGCGCCAGACCACUAGCAUUAGAAAUGGGGUUCAACGA